AUGACCGACGCCAAUGGCGAUUCCGAUGAACCUUUAUUACUACAUUGCGUCGGUGAUGGCGGAUUCGAGUCAUAUCAAUCCCAAAGUCUAUGGGUCAAAACUUGGUCGGAAUCGAAGAAAAUUUGGGGAAUUGCUGGUCCCUCCAUCUUUGGCCGCCUGGCUAUGUUCUCCCUGACUGUCAUCACCCAAUCAUUUGCCGGCCACUUGGGCAAUCGCAAUUUGGCUUCCAUCUCCAUUGCUACUACCGUCAUCAUCUCCGUCACCUUCGGCUUCUUGCUAGGUAUGGCUAGUGCACUUGAGACACUGUGUGGUAAAGCAUAUGGAGCUAGAAAGUACCACAUGUUGGGCAUUUACUUGCAGCGUUCGUGGAUUGUUUUGUUUGUUAGCUCCAUUUUUAUGCUACCACUUUUUGUGUUUGCUUCACCGUUACUGAAGCUUAUGGGGCAGUCGGAAGCACUGUCUGGGUUGACUGGUGAGGUGGCAAUGUGGCUUAUCCCUAUGCACUUGAGCUUUGCAUUUCAAUUUACUUUAAUGAGAUUCUUGCAGUGCCAGUUCAAGACCAAGGUGAUUGCUUGGGUGUCUGGCGGAGCUCUUUUGUUUCAUGUGUUGUUGACUUGGAUAUUUGUUGAGAGGCUGAGAGUAGGCAUGGCUGGGACUGCUUUAACACUAGAUUUUUCUUGGUGGUUGUCAGUUUUCGGACUGUUUGUUUAUAGUGUAUUUGGAUGGUGCCCUCAUACUUGGAAUGGUUUUUCUAAGCAAGCUCUCAAUGGGCUCUGGGAGUUCUUCAAACUCUCUUUUGCUUCUGGUGUCAUGCUUUCAAUGGAGAACUUUUACUAUAGAGUGCUGAUUAUAGUCUCCGGAAACAUGAAACAUGAUGAGGUUGCUGUUGAUGCUCUGUCUAUCUGUGUUACUUUGUACGGUUGGGCAUCAAUGAUUGCACUUGGAUUUUUUGCUGCAACAGGGGUGCGUGUGGCAAAUGAAGUUGGUGCGGAGAGCAAGGAAGGUGCAAAGUUUACCACCAAAGUUUCAAUGUUGAACUCUUCGGUAGUUGGUGCCUUGUUUUCUUUGUCAGUCAUGAUAUGUCCAGAUAGACUUGCGAUGCUCUUCACAACAAGUGCUCCAGUAAUCAAGAUGGUCGGCGGACUUUCGUUCUUUUUGGCACUUACAAUUUUCCUCAACUGCAUCCAGUCCAUUCUUUCCGGUGAGAAACAAAUUGAAAAUCAGCAAUUUAAUAUUUGGAGUUCCGAACUGACUUUAGAGGAGACGAUGUCAAAACUGAAAUCUGAAGAGAAGACAUCAAAUUUGAUUAGUUAUUUUUUCUUCAUUGGUGCUACAUUUACAGGAGUAGCAGUUGGAUAUGGCUGGCAAGCUCGGGUAGCAUUUGUAAAUCUAGGGAGCUACUACGUUGUUGGGAUGCCUGUUGGGAUUUGGUUAGCAUGGUUUUUCAACUACGGAGUCCAGGGCAUGUGGGCUGGAAUGAUAGUUGGGACUAUGGUUCAGAUAGUGAUUCUGGUCAUUAUCACCAUCAAGCUUGAGGGGAAGAAAGGUAAAGAAUGUGCAAGCCUAUAAUUCUCAGGUUCAAUGCAGACUUUCAAGUUCUAAUCAUGGUAAUGGUGGCAGUGGCGGACUGUGUUGAUUAUUUGUUGUGUAUUACACCGAUGUAUACAUUUUGUAAUUCGGUAAUGUAUCAUUCUCAUAAAUCUUUUUUCAAGUGUGUUGGAUUUAUCCAAUUCCAUUUUCAAGUGAUCUUUCAGAGACUAGGACUAUUACAACAAUUCAUCUACAAUACUCUACAUCUCAGUUAUUUGACAGCUUCAUACAUUUUUCGGUGGCC